AUGGAACGCACAAAAUGGCUAGACGGCCUCCGUGGCAUCGCAGCAGCCAUUGUCGCCGCUGAUCAUUUCUUCAUGAGCGACGUCUGGCACCCCUUCGUCUCCUACUGGACUGAUCCGCCCGAGGGAAAUCGUCACUUGGUGCAACUACCACCCAUCCGAAUUCUCUUCUCUGCUCAUGGCAUGGUAACGCUAUUCAUGGUCAUCUCCGGCUACGCAAUCUCCAUCAGUCUCCUGAAAGCUCGAAACAGCCCCCAAUUCUUGGCGCGGGUCUCGUCUGCCGUCGUGCGAAGGGUUUUCCGCAUUUAUUUGCCUGUUUUUGUCACGGCUAGUUUGGCACAGAUCUUUUACUUUUUUGAUCUGUAUCAUUGGCCGUUUGAUGAGGGGUUUCUGGAUACUCUGCCCAAGCCUUGGACGGCUCCGUGGAGCCAUUUUACAUGGGUGCUUAAUUAUAUGGCUGAUAGUAUAAAUAUCAUCGCCUUUGAGUAUCGCGGUGCGUUGAAUGGCCAGCUUUGGACUAUGCCGGUUGAGUUCAGGGGGUCGAAUGUUGUCUACCUUCUCAUCGUUGGGCUGUCGGGGUGGCGUGCAAAGUCGAGAUUCUAUAUUCUUCCUAUUAUUGCAUCGUUCUUUCUCUGGUUCGGCAACUGGGAUAUUUUCGGCUUUAUUUGGGGUCUCUGGCUGGCUGAGAGGGCCACCACGAUUACGGCCCCUUUGCCCUCGGACGAGCCUCUUAAUGCUGAAUUCGAAAUGGCAGAGUUCGAAGACGAGGAUAGACCGAGCUCGUUCUUCACCGCGCCUCUUCGUCUAGGCUCGUGGCAUAAAAAGCGCCGAUGCAAUAGCCUGAAAUCAAGGAACUGCAUCACCCUCUCCCGAGUCGGGAUUGCCCUCGUCUUUGUUGCGGGAUACUACCUCCUCUGCCUCGGUAACGACGGCCAUCUCCCACCAGGAUACCAAUUCCUCUCCGUCCUCCAACCCGCCCGCUGGAAGGACAAUUGGGAUGUAUACCACUUUUGUUGGAAAACCAUCGGAUCGGCCAUGCUGGUAUACGCUAUCAGUGAACUACCCUGUCUGCAACGACCGCUUAACACACGUCCAGUGCAGUAUCUGGGCAAGAUCUCGUUCGCGCUGUACCUGCUUCAUGAAACCAUUUAUGAAUUGUGGAGGAAUCCAUUGCGGGAUUUGAUUUAUUCGAUGAUGAGUGGGAAGGAGUAUGGGAGUAGUGGUGUAGCGGUGGGAGCUGAUCCUUUAUCGUUUCAUGUUGCUUGGUGGACAACUGGGGUUUUGCUGGGUGUGGUGGUUGUCGGUGUGUCGCAUUUCUAUACGAUAUAUGUUGAUGAUUGGUGUGUGGCCUUUGCUAAAAAGGUAGAUCGGUGGUUUGGUUCAUAA